AUGGAUAAUCCAACGGUGAAACGAUCUACGAUAAGUUUAAUCUUACCAUCAUCAACAAUGGAUUCACCAAUAGAACAAAGGAAAACAUUUGAUCCGAGUUCGUUAUUUAAUGGGACAAAACAAUCAUCAUUACUUCAAUUAAAUGAACAAACUAACAAACAUGUUUUUAUAAAUGAAGAGCAAAAUUUACUACCGCAAGACCUUAAUGAUACAUGCAUAUAUUGGAUACUAUACAUAAUAAUACGACUCAUUUGUUUGACUUUACUAACUUGCAUUAUUGGUAUCUUUAUCUUUGUUGUAAUCUUUUAUGCUAUUGAUAUCCAUUGGCUUGAACAACCGGUUAUAAAUAUUACACCAUGGUGGUGGUGGUCAAAUAAUAAUAAUAGUGUUGCUAACAAUAACACAAACUUGACUACAUUUGAUUCUGAUAUGAUUAGUACAACACAAACAAUCAAUUAUGAUAAUGAAUACUAA